AUGCUGGCAAAAGCAAAAGAAGCAUGGGAUCAAGAGCAUAUGACAACACAAGAGGAAAAGCAGAGAUAUCUUAAUGAAAGGGUCCCACAUACUAACACACAUGGUUUGGGACUUGCUGCCUUACAGGAACUAUGUCGGGAGCUCCAUGAGAAAGUUGGCAUUGUUGAUGAGGAAAGAUAUGACAUUGAGGCAAAAGUCAUUCAUAAUACACGAGAAAUUCAAGACCUAAGAAUGAAGGUGUUGGAUCUGCGUGGCAAGUUUAAGAGACCGCCACUUCGUAGAGUGCGGGUUUCUGCUGACGCUAUGCUCCGUGCUCUUCUGGGCUCGAAACAUAAGGUCUCCAUGGACUUGCGUGCCAACCUAAAAUCUGUGAAGAAAGAGGACACUGAGAAGGAGCGUCCUGUAGAAGUCAGUGACUGGCGUAAGAAUGUAGAGGCCAUGUCAGGCAUGGAGGGCAGAAAGAAAAUGUUUGAUGCAGCAAAAUCCCCAACAUCACAAUAA